AUGGAUGCCGCCAUUGAGCAGUAUGCUCCAACUGAAACUCACAAUGAUACCCCAACAGUAUCUUUAUCUUUACCAUAUAGUAUUCAUCCAUCUUGUCUUCAUAUGCAAGUACGAUCCGGUUCAAAAGCAAAAAAUUUAGUUCAAUUUGCUAUACGAAAAUUAGCUCCAUCUGAUCAGAAUUCAACGCAUAUAGAACAAAUAACGUGGAAUGCAUUUGGCGAUGGUAUAUCAAAAGCAAUAGCAUGUGCUGAAAUGAUGAAACGACGUUCUACAGUAGAUUUCUAUGAAUAUGUUCAAAUUGGUUAUAAACGUAUUGAGCAAAUUUGGCAACCAGUUAAUUUAGAUGUUGAAUUAGAUACAUUAAAAGUGAAUAAAGAUAUUCCAGCUAUUUGUAUUCUUCUUUCAAAGAUUCCUUUGCCGAAUUUAACUGCAGGAGAGAAUUAA